AUGGUUAAGAACGUUCUUCUUCUAGGGUCUGGCUUUGUCGCACAGCCUGUGGUGGACACUUUGGCAUCCGAUCCAGAAAUCAAUGUUACAGUUGCAUGCAGAACCUUGGCCAAAGCGAAGGAAUUGGCUUCUAGCGCCAAGGCGGGUGCGAUUUCUUUGGAUGUGACAGACGACAAGGCUCUUGAUGCUGAAUUGGCAAAGAACGAUUUGGUCAUUUCUUUAAUUCCUUACAUUUAUCACGCUAAUGUCGUGAAAAGCGCAAUAAGAUUGAAGAAAGACGUCGUCACUACUUCGUACAUUUCCCCAGCUUUGAAGGCGUUGGAACCAGAAAUCAAGAAGGCUGGAAUCACUGUGAUGAACGAAAUUGGGCUGGAUCCUGGUAUUGAUCAUCUAUACGCUGUAAAGACAAUCGACGAAGUUCAUAGAGCCGGCGGUAAAAUCAAGUCUUUCUUGUCAUACUGUGGUGGCCUUCCUGCUCCAGAAGACUCCGACAACCCUCUAGGUUAUAAGUUCUCUUGGUCCUCGAGGGGUGUUCUCCUUGCCUUGAGAAACUCUGCCAAGUUGUGGAGAAACGGCAAGAUCGAAGAAGUUUCUUCGGAAGACCUCAUGGCUACCGCCAAGCCUUACUUCAUCCUCCCGGGUUAUGCUCUUGUUUGUUACCCAAACAGAGACUCCACACCUUUCAAGGAUCUUUACCAUAUUCCCGAAGCCGACACCGUCAUCAGAGGUACCUUGAGAUAUCAGGGCUUCCCUGAAUUUGUCAAGGUUCUAGUGGACGUAGGAAUGCUCAAAGAUGAAGAAAACGCCAUUUUCUCCAAGCCUAUCGCAUGGAAUGAGGCUCUCAAACAAUACUUGGGCAGCAAGUCAGCUUCCAAGGCUGACUUGAUUGCCGCUAUUGAUUCUAAAACGAAAUGGGUUUCCGAGGAAGACCGUGAAAGAAUUUUGUCCGGGUUUGGCUGGCUAGGUCUGUUUUCCAGCCAGGAAAUCAGCCCAAAGAGCAACGCUCUUGACACGCUUUGUGCUACCUUGGAAAAAUUGAUGCAAUUCGAAGAAGGAGAGAGAGACCUCAUUAUCUUGCAACACAAGUUUGGUAUUGAAUGGGCAGACGGUUCUGACGAAGUGAGAACCUCAACUCUUGUACAAUAUGGUGAACCUAAAGGCUACAGUGCCAUGGCGGCCACCGUUGGUUUGCCUUGUGCCAUCGCUACCAAGAUGGUUCUAAAUGGCACAAUUAAGGGACCUGGCCUCGUUGCACCAUACUCUCCUGAGAUCAAUGACCCAAUAAUGAAGGAAUUGAAGGAGAAGUAUGGUAUCUUCUUGAAAGAGAAGUCGAUCGCUUAA